AGCGUGUUUGGUCCUUUAACAAGCUGUUCACGAUAAUGUCUUUCAGGUGCCACGUAUAUGUGCAAUGGUUUAGAUAAAUAAGUAUAUAUAUAUAUAUAUAUACAUAUAUAUUAUAGAGUAUAGAAAAGACCUAGUUGGGCAAAGCUGCCUCCAUACCUUCUUAAUACAUGCACACGUCAGGAUUAGAGGCUUAUACACACAUCUGCACAUUGUACCUGUCCAAAGUUACACACAAUGAUAGAAGCCCACGCAGUCUUGCAGGGUGGGCGACAAGCCUACUUCGCCGGGGAACGGAUAUGCUUACACAUCUCCUUCAAGAACACCCAUGUUGAACGCGAUGAAACCAUUCUAUGGGCAAGUGCACAACUGUACUGUGUGCAGUCGUUGGCAAAGCGCUAUGUAAACGUAGAUGCGGCUUCGCAUGCAUACAAACCAUCGUCUUCAUCUCAAUCCUCGAAGUUAAACACCACAUCCACCAGCUCAAUCACCACCAACUCACACAAACACAAACUACAAUCCCAAACGUCGCUCGCCAUACGAGAAGCACACAUGGGCACCCGCCUCCACGCACAGACCCAGUCUGGCGCACACACGGUAGCCCUAAGUGCACCAUACACUCUGCCACAGGCCAUCCUCUGCUGCGACGUUAGCUUAAGCCCGUCUUCCAGCAGUGGGACGUAUUGCUAUGUAGCACAGAUCCCCAUGAAUACCUGUGCAUCUAACUCGGGUGUGGCGGUGCGGGUACAACACAGAGUGGCCGUGUCCUUUCAACGCAUGAACGGCACCACCGCCCAGCUCAUAGUGCCUGUGCGCGUGUUUGUGCUGCCCGAGAGGGUGCGAGAGUGGGUGCGGCAGUUUGGGCUCUCACAGAUCCCAUCCACCCACAGCCACCUGUACGCGCUAAACACGAAAGUGUAUACGAGAGGGGGUGGUACUAGUCCAGGGGGUGAUAAGGCAGCCACCCUAGUCGAUGGGAAGGAGGGCCCACCCACACAGCAGAACGGCCGGCACACCAGCGCUGUGGGGGAGGGUUGGUGUAGCAGUGACGACGAGAGGGAUAGGCUAGAGACGGGCUUAGACAUGUCGCAAGACGACCAACAGGUAUGGAUGGACGUGAUACCUGCACUCGACAUGCUGAGUGAGCACGUGGCAGGCAUUGGAUCGUUUGACGAUACCGAGGGGAUCUUCCAGAAGGUCAUCACCCGCGCCAAGAGCAGGCUUAGGGCGAGAGACCUAGCGUACAUGCAGCAGCAGCAGCAGCUGGCACAGCAGACUGUGGAGGAUGACGACGGCGUGGAUGGGGCGGACAGCGGUGCGGGGGCCAUAGCCUCGGCUGAGGAAGCACGUGGGUAUGAACUAAACCGGGAUGAACAUAAUUUAAACCGCGACGGCAAGCGGGAUUGUGGGACCAGCACGAACGGUGCACUUGCUGAAGGCGAUGGGAUUAUAUGGAAGAGCAAUACAGCAUUGAGCGGAGGGGCGCGUGUGGAUGUGGCCAUGCAAGAUAGUACUACAGGCCAAAGUGAGAGGCGAACACCACCACUAACACACACCAGCACACACCCACCCCCACCCACGUGCACCCAGACGCACUUGCACACCGACACCAUCACGUGCGUAUCACACACGGGAGAUGUGAGCGUAGGGCUGUGGGUAGAGAAGGAGAACGUGCGGUGGCUUAAGCACACGCUGCAACGCUUGCACGCAUAUGUGUCGAGCGAAAGGCGCACAAGGCGAUACAGAAUAGGCGGCAGUGACUCGCGCGUGGGGGUUUUCACGCUGUUCAAACCAAGCUACUGUAUCGGAGAGGAGGUGACGGGCGAGUUUGACUUCAGCGACGCCACGCUGUCUACAUAUAUGGUUAAAGUAUCACUCGAGGCCACUGAACUGGUGCGUGCACCGCUAGAAAACAACGGACAGCCCAAACCACAGACAACGCACUACUCCACCCAAUGGGUCCACACCCACAAUGUGCUGCGCUCACCCCUGCGGCUAUCAGUGCCACUCUCCGUGUCACCAUCCUAUGCUUCGGAAUUGGAUACGGUGAUCUCGGACAAUGGGAAUACAAUCACACACACCGCCCCUCAAUCGCUGGACGUGUGCACCUUCACAUGGCGUCUGCCGCUACAGGUUCUGCCGUCUAAUCCACUGAACUUCAAUGAGAUCAAACGGCCCGCCGUGAAGCUCUUUUGA